CAUCGUUCAUUUCGUUACUCGAUAAGCUACUCCUUUCCUUUCUCUCCUUUCAAUGGAUUCCAACGUAAUCUUCUUCUCUUCAAAGUUCCAGACCCCAAAUUUCACACCUUCUUUUCCAUCCCCCUCUUCCACUUCCCGCCCUCUAAUCACCCGACAAUUCCUUGGUUUCACUCACAAUCUCUGGCCUCCCGGGGGGUCUUCUCUCAGGAAGAAACGCAAAAGCUUGGGGUUUAAUCGCCUCCAAUCUCCCCGCUUUCUCGUCAGAGCUUCUAUAGACUCCAAUUUGGUUCUCGUUGUCAUCGGUGUAACCGCGUUAUCUGCUUUAUCUCUUACUAUCUACAAUCAGUUUUUGAGAAAGAGUGCGACUUCAAAAAGGGUAUCUCGUCCGUCACGGUCUGCUAUACCUCAACAACGAGAAGGAAAAGAUGUGGUGAUCCAGACUGCUGACAGUCAGAAUUUGGAAAUGGGUGAUCUUCAAAGGGAAACUUUUACAAAAGAAAAUGGUGGUUUUACUAAAAACAUGAGGGAGGUGAAUGAUGCUUCUGAAAGUAGAGAAGUGCUUUUGCAAGAAACUAGUGUGGUGAACGGUGAUUCUUUGUUGGCUAAGGCAUCUUCUGAAAGUGAAGAGGCGCUUUUGCAAGAAACUACUGUGGUGGAUGGUGAUUCUCUGUUGACUAAGGCAUCGGAGUCAAAUGGUGCUGAUUUCCUGGCAUUUAAUGAUAAUGAUUCUGUUGGUGUUCCUGAAGAAUCUGGAACUACUGAUAUACCUCUUCAACCUACUGUGCAGCUCGAAUCAGGAGCAGGACAGUCACUUGAGUUUGACACAGAAAGGUCUGAACUUCAUUUGGAAGAAGUUGUGAGAGUAAAUGGAUUUGAAGCUGAUUUCCCUAGACUAGCUGUAGAGCCAAAGUCUAGGGCUUCUGCGGCUCUUGCAGAAGAUGUUGUUGUCCUUGUAGGAGGAGGUGAAGCUACUAGAAGUUAUGACAUAUUCAAAGAAUCUGGAAGAGAAGAGCUUCACACUUUUUAUAAGGCUGACCAGUCGGUGGAAAAAUCGUCAACAAACUUGAACGGUUUGACCCUAAAACCAGCGUCUUCUCAUGUUCUCUCUCCACAUACCAAUAGGUUUUCUUCACUGAAACUGAAGCUGAAUGGUGAAGUAAACAGAGGCGUCAGAGAUCAAUUAUCAGCAAAGAAUUCUCUCCAAACAGCAGAAAUGGUAGAAGGAAAAGUAACUCAGCCAUAUUUUCAAGGAGGCUUUUCUCACAAAAGAGAAGACUUCAGAAGACGUAGGGAAUCUCCAAGAGACGUGGAGAAAAAACACUUGAUUCAGGAGAAGGAUACAAAGCUGGGCCAGUUUUCUGUCCCAAAUGGGGAGCUUGCUAAUAACAAGCACCAUCUUGAAGAGCAUUUGAGUUCUUACAACCGUUUACUAAGACAUGGAAGGUUAAGUGACUGUGUAGAUUUGCUUGAAGAUAUGGAACAAGGGGGUUUGCUGGAUAUGGAUAAGGUUUAUCAUGCAAAGUUUUUCAAAAUGUGCAGUAGGCAAAAUGCUGUUAAAGAAGCUUUCCGCUUCACAAAGCUGAUUCCGAAUCCAACCUUGAGUACAUUUAAUAUGCUCAUGUCUGUAUGUGCAUGCUCUAAGGAUUCAGAGGGAGCCUUUCAAGUUUUGCGACUUGUCCAGGAAGCUGGUUUCCAAGCUGAUUGUAAACUUUACACUACAUUAAUAUCUACAUGCGCCAAAAGUGGCAAAGUUGAUACAAUGUUUGAGGUGUUUCAUGAGAUGGUUAAUGCUGGAGUGGAACCUAAUGUUAAUACAUAUGGAGCACUGAUUGAUGGUUGUGCUAGAGCCGGGCAAGUGGCCAAAGCAUUUGGUGCUUAUGGAAUAAUGAGAUCUAAGAAUGUAAAGCCAGACCGGGUUAUAUUCAAUGCACUUAUCACUGCAUGUGGCCAAUCUGGAGCAGUGGAUCGUGCUUUUGAUGUGUUAGCAGAAAUGAUGGCUGAAACACAGCCUAUAGAUCCGGAUCAUGUUACUGUUGGUGCAUUGAUGAAGGCGUGCUCAAAUGCUGGUCAGGUUGAUCGGGUACGAGAAGUAUAUAAGAUGAUACAUAAAUUCAACAUCAGGGGCACUCCCGAAGUUUAUACAAUUGCUGUUAAUUGUUGCGGCGGGACUGGUGAUUGGGAGUUUGCUUGCAGUGUCUAUAAUGACAUGAAAAAGAAAGGUGUGGCUCCUGACGAGGUGUUUAUCAGUGCCUUAGUAGAUGUUGCAGGGCAUGCUGGAAAGCUAGAUGCUGCUUUUGAAUUGGUACAAGAAGCAAGGAAUCUAGGGAUUAAUACUGGGAUUGUGUCAUAUAGUUCAUUAAUGGGAGCCUGCAGCAAUGCUAGAAACUGGGAGAAGGCACUGGAGCUGUAUGAGAAUAUAAAGGCUCUUAAACUGAAGUUAACGGUUUCUACAGUUAAUGCUUUAAUUACUUCCUUGUGUGAAGCAAAUCAGCUGCCUAAGGCCUUGGAAGUUUUGUCAGAGAUGAAGCAAUUCGGAUUGAGUCCAAAUACUAUUACAUACUCAAUACUUUUGGUGGCAAGUGAGAGGAAUGAUGAUCUUGAAGUAGGUCUCAUGCUCCUCUCUAAGGCAAGAGAUGAUGGGAUUGCAACUAACCUCAUCAUGUCCAGAUGCAUAAUUGACAUGUGCUUGCGAAGAUUUAAGAAGGCUUGUACGGUUGGUGAGACUGUUUUGUCUUUUUAUUCAGGACGACCGCAUAUUGAAAACAAAUGGACGUCAGUUGCCUUGACUGUCUACCGUGAAACUAUUAAUGCUGGUACAUUACCUACCAUGGAAGUUGUUUCAAAAAUUUUAGGAUGUUUACAGCUCCCUUGUGAUGAUUCUGUGAGAAGUAGACUUGUUGAGAACCUUGAAGUUACUGCUGAUCCAUCAAAAUACUCUAGCCUUGGUUCACUGAUAGAUGGAUUCGGCGAAUAUGAUCCUCGUGCUUUUUCAGUAAUUGAGGAGGCUGCUUCUUUUGGGAUUGUUCCAUGCGUAUCCUUCAAAGAAAGUCCUAUUGUUGUAGAUGCAAGAGAGAUGCAAAUUAAUACAGCAGAGGUUUAUCUCUUAACCAUCUUGAAAGGUCUCAAGCAUCGGCUUGCUGCUGGUGCAAAAUUACCAAGUAUAUCCGUCUUACUGCCCUUGGAGAAGGCAACAUUAUUGACAUCUAAAGGGGAGAAAUCAAUCGAUCUUGCUGGAAGGAUUGGCCAGGCAAUGGCAUCACUAUUGAGAAGAAUGGGGUUACCAUACCAAGGGAAUGAAUCCUAUGGAAAAAUCAGAAUCAAUGGCCUUGCACUAAGAAGAUGGUUUCGACCAAAGCUUGCUUCUCCAUUCACUGGAAAACCAGGUGAGUGGAAUGCUUCCCGAAUGCGAUUGGGAAAAGGAAUCUCCCAUCAGCAACGCAACAUUCGAACCGGCAAUCUCUCUUUGCAUUAAAGGUCGAAUCUUUGGAACUGAUUACAUGGAAGAAUCAGUUGUCUCUCCAGAAACAAAAGCUGAUGAUUUGUACUUUCACGGCCUUCUUCUACUGACUAGAUUGAUGAGUAGUCGAUGGGAAGAUUAACAAAGAAUUUUUUCCGGUCAUCAUUUUGUAGCUUUUGAGAUUUUGGCUCAAGAACUUGAUGAAGUUAAGAACAUGGAUAAAGAAGCUUGGUAUACAAGAUAUUUAUUUAUUUUCUCUGAAAAUAAUGUAUAGCGUCCCUGUCAGCUUAGACUUAGUGGUUUGUACUCCGUACAAAGGGUUUGCAGCUUCUUUUUUUUAC